AUGUGGAAGCUCGCGCGACUUGUUGCUGCUUCGAAUUUCCGCCGAGCGCGGCCUUUCUCCACCGCCAUCCCAUUGCCCUGUAUCGUCCACAAACGCGGCGCCGACAUCCUUCACGAUCCUUGGUUCAACAAGGAUACUGGAUUUCCAUUAACUGAAAGGGAUCGCUUGGGACUUCGUGGUCUCCUUCCACCUCGUGUUAUAUCAUUUCAGCAGCAAUAUGCUCGCUUCAUGGAAUCGUAUCGAUCCUUGGAGAGAAAUACCAUGGGACAACCUGAAGGUGUUGUAUCAUUAGCAAAAUGGAGGAUCUUGAACCGACUGCAUGAUAGGAAUGAGACAUUGUACUAUCGAGUUCUUAUUGAUAACAUCAAAGAUUUUGCUCCAGUAAUUUACACACCAACAGUGGGGUUAGUCUGUCAAAACUACUCUGGGUUAUUCAGGCGUCCACGUGGGAUGUACUUCAGUGCAAAGGAUAAAGGAGAAAUGAUGUCAAUGAUAUAUAAUUGGCCAGCUCAUCAGGUAGAUAUGAUAGUCAUAACAGAUGGUAGUCGCAUUCUUGGGCUAGGUGAUCUUGGUGUUCAAGGAAUUGGUAUUCCAAUUGGGAAACUUGACAUGUAUGUUGCUGCUGCUGGCAUCAACCCACAAAGGGUUCUCCCGAUAAUGCUAGAUGUUGGUACUAACAACAAAAAGCUGCUCGAAGAUCCUCUUUAUUUGGGACUUCGGCAGCCCAGGCUGGAAGGUGCUGAGUAUUUGGCAAUUGUUGAUGAGUUCAUGGAAGCUGUACACACACGUUGGCCAAAGGCUAUUGUGCAGUUUGAAGACUUUCAAGCCAAGUGGGCAUUUGAAACACUGGAAAGAUACCGUGGAAGGUUUUGCAUGUUCAAUGAUGAUGUACAGGGAACUGCCGGUGUAGCACUUGCAGGUUUGCUUGGCACAGUGAGAGCACAAGGCCGCCCAUUGUCUGACUUUUCAAACCAAAAGAUAGUGGUAGUGGGAGCAGGAAGUGCUGGGCUAGGUGUAUUGAAGAUGGCUGUACAAGCUGUUUCUAGAAUGUCUGGAAACAAUGAAACUUCAGCUAAAAAGCAGUUUUUCGUGCUUGACAAAGAUGGCCUUAUCACUAAAGCUAGAAAGAAUCUUGAUCCAGCCGCAGCACCAUUUGCAAAAGAAUUGACAGAUAUUGAGGGGCUUAGGGAAGGCUCAAGUCUGAUUGAAGUGGUUAAAACACUGAAGCCCCACGUGCUUCUUGGUUUAUCUGGAGUAGGUGGAAUCUUCAACGAAGAGGUACUUAAGGCCAUGCGAGGAUCCGAUUCUCCCAGACCGGCAAUUUUUGCAAUGUCAAAUCCUACAAUGAACGCUGAAUGUACAGCCGCUGAUGCUUUUAAGCAUGCUGGAGAUAACAUAGUUUUUGCAAGUGGAAGUCCAUUUGAAAAUGUUGAUCUUGGAAACGGCAGAGUUGGGCAUGUAAAUCAGGCCAAUAACAUGUACCUUUUUCCUGGAGUUGGUCUUGGAGCACUUCUCUCAGGUGCUCGGCUUAUAUCAGAUGGCAUGUUGCAAGCAGCUGCAGAAUGUUUGGCUUCUUACAUGACCGAUGAUGAAAUCAAAAGAGGCGUCUUGUACCCAUCUAUUGACAGUAUUCGGGACAUCACGGCUGAGGUUGGAGCUGCUGUUCUCCGAUCAGCAGUGUCUGAAAAGCUCGCAGAAGGACACGGUGACGUGGGGCCCAAGGAGAUGAAACAGAUGUCAAAUGAGGAGACGGUGGAGUACGUUAGGCGCAACAUGUGGUACCCUGUUUACAGCCCUCUAGUUCAUGAGAAGUAA